AUGGCCAGCCAGCUCUGCUCUCCGAUCUUCUCCUCUGGGUCCAUCAAAGGCCUCUGUGGCACCACAGGUGGCGUCUCUCGGGUGUCCUGUGUCCGCUCUGUGGGCUCCUGCAGAGUCUCUGGCCUUUCUGGUGUUGGGGGGUCAGCCUCCUCUGUCAGGCUGGGCCUCUCCGGCCUUGGGAGCUGCUUGCCUCGUUCCUGCCUGUCCUCUGGGUACCACUCCUCCUGCUUUACCGGGAGCGGGGGCUGGUCCUGCGAGGGCUCCUUCAACGGCAACGAGAAGGAGACCAUGCAGUUCCUGAACGACCGACUGGCCAGCUACCUGGAGAAGGUGCGCCAGCUGGAGCGGGAGAACGCGGAGCUGGAGUGCCGCAUCCGGGAGCGGAGCCAGCAACAAGACCCCCUUGUGUGCCCCAACUACCAGUCCUAUUUCCGGACCAUCGAGGAGCUCCAGCAGAAGAUCCUGCUGACCAAGGCUGACAAUGCCAGGCUGGUCCUGCAAAUUGACAAUGCUAAGCUGGCUGCUGACGACUUCCGAACCAAGUACGAGACGGAGCUGGGCAUGCGGCAGCUGGUGGAGGCUGACACCAAUGGACUGCGCCGGAUCCUGGACGAACUGGCUCUGUGCAAGGCCGACCUGGAGAUGCAGGUGGAGUCCCUGAAGGAGGAGCUGAUGUGCCUCAAGAAGAACCACGAGGAGGAAGUCAACACACUUCGAUGCCAACUUGGGGACCGGCUGAAUGUGGAGGUGGAUGCCGCCCCCCCAGUGGAUCUCAACAAGAUCCUGGAUGAGAUGAGAUGCCAGUAUGAGGCCCUGGUGGAAAAUAACCGCAGAGACGUGGAGGCCUGGUUCAACACCCAGACUGACGAGCUGAACCAGCAAGUGGUGUCCAGCUCGGAGCAGCUGCAGUGCUGCCAGACAGAGAUCAUUGAGCUGAGACGCACGGUCAAUGCCCUGGAAAUCGAGCUGCAGGCCCAGCACAGCAUGCGGAAUUCCCUGGAAUCCACCCUGGCGGAGACCGAGGCCCGCUACAGCUCCCAGCUGGCUCAGAUACAGGGCCUGAUCAGCAACGUGGAGGCUCAGCUGUCCGAGAUCCGCUGUGACCUGGAGCGGCAGAGCCAGGAGUACCAGGUGCUCCUGGAUGUCAAGGCCCGCCUGGAGUCGGAGAUCACCACCUACCGCUGCCUGCUGGAGGGAGAAGACUGCAAGCUGCCUGCCCACCCUUGUGCCAUGGAAUGCAAGCCUGCCGUUAGAGCUCCUUACAUCUCAAGUGUGCCCUGCGCCCCGGCUCCCCAGCUCAGCACCCAGAUCCGUACCAUCAAGGAGGAGAUCAGAGAUGGGAAAGUCAUUUCCAGCAGGGAGCACGUGCAGCCGCUGUAACCAGCUGCCCGGCUCAAGGGGCAGGCCCUGGCCCACAGGAAGGAGGAUACCCCGCUGGGUCCCGGCUCUAAA